CGAGCCAUGAUUUCACGAACAAUUAGCAAAGGAAUGGGAGAGAGCAUCUCAACCAACACGAGCAGGGAGGGGUAUAGAGAAUUGAAGGAAAUUGGGAGAAAAAUGGGCGGAAAAAUGGCAAAUUGACAAUUGUGUCGACAAUUGGCACUUGUGAAGUGCAGAGCAAGCAUCAUUGGCUUUGCUGCACACUGCUGCAUUGCACUGGGGGGCCAUGGGCUCGCCAUCUCUUGGUGGCAUCCGCGUCCAAAGUUUGAGAUUGAGGCAUCACGGCGCACGGAAUGUGAGAACUGCGUGGUCAGCUCGUGGACAGAAUCACGCGUGGCACAUAUGCCCGAGCCGAGCGAAUCCGGAUGGAAUCUGCACAGAGUGAUGAUUAGUGAAAUGGCGCUUUGACUCUGAGGUCUUUUUCUCUGCAAGCACAGUGCGAUAGUCGAUUACUUCGUGCUCUGCAGCUCGAUUUCUCAGCUGGUCGCCACUUUAGCACCAGCUUUCUCGUUUUCACUCGGCGUGCCUCUGAGACAGCAACAGAGAGAUUGUUUCCGUUGUCAUCUCGAUCCUCGCGGAGUUAGAAUAGCAGCAACCAGCUGUUCAUGCGAAAAUGAAGGUGGUGGCGCUUGUGAGCGGAGGGAAGGAUAGCUGCUAUGCAAUGCAGCUCUGUCGAUCUUAUGGGCACGAGAUUGUAGCACUCGCCAACCUUUAUCCUGUCGACGAGGACGUGGAUGAGCUUGACAGUUACAUGUAUCAAACUGUUGGGCACCAGGUUAUCACGGCCUUAUCUCAAUGCAUGGGUCUACCACUGUUUCGCAGAAAAAUCCAGGGACAGACCAGAGAGAAAGGUUUGAGAUAUACGAAAACGUAUGGAGAUGAGGUCGAAGACUUGGAAGCUCUUUUGAGAGCUGUGAAGAGUCGGUUUCCAGAAAUUGGAGGUGUCUCUUCAGGCGCAAUUGCUUCAGAUUAUCAACGACUCAGGGUGGAGAACGUUUGUUCAAGGUUGGGACUGAUUUCACUGGCAUACAUGUGGAAACAAGAGCAGCCUUAUCUACUGCAAAAUAUGAUCGAUAGUGGCCUCCACGCAGUUCUUGUGAAGGUUGCAGUGUUGGGCUUAGAUCCCAAAAAGCAUCUUGGAAAGGACCUCGCGACACUUCAGCCCCUCCUUAUGAAACUCCAAGAUCUCUAUGAUUGCAAUGUGUGUGGCGAGGGCGGAGAAUAUGAGAGCCUUACGUUGGACUCUCCACUAUUUAAGAACGCGAGAAUUAUAUUGGAUGAAUUUUCAAUACAACUUCAUUCAGCAGAUUCUUUUGCUCCUGUUGGCGUUCUACAUCCUCUCAAGUUUCAUUUGGAGCCUAAAUCAGAUGCUUGGGCUCCGGAUUCAUGCUCAGCAAUUAUGUGUGACGAUGUCAGUAACAUGCCAGCGUCUACAGAGAGUGUGGCACAAUCUGCUAGUGAUGCCCCUGGACCAUCUUUGGAGGGUAUCACUUUGGGUGAAUCUCAGCCUAAAGGGGUUUCCGUUUUAGUCAAUAGGCAGCAACACGGCUUUGUGGUACUCAGUUGCUCAAGACUUUCUGAUGAAGACGCCACCCAAGAAGUGCAGGAUGAGCUGGAUGAUCUCCUGAAAGCAGCUGAAGUAGAACUUCGGAACGAGAAACUGAGCUGGGCUGAUGUCAUAUACGUACAUCUUUAUCUGAAGGACAUGUCAAAGUUCGUAAAAGCCAACGAGAAGUACAUGGCGCAUAUAACUGAGAAACUUUGUCUGAGAGGCGUCCCGUCAAGAUGUUGCGUCGAAUUGCCCCUCGUAGAGAGUGGCAUGGGAGUUGCUGUGGUUGAGAUUCUAGCAGCAAGAUGUGAAAGCAAAGAAGUUCUACACGUACAGAGCAUUUCUUCCUGGGCACCAAGCUGCAUCGGACCUUACAGUCAGGCAACUUUGUUCCAGGGCUUGCUCUACAUGGCGGGGCAACUGGGACUCGAUCCUCCCACAAUGAGUAUAGUGAGUGGGGGUGGAGCAGAUGAAAUGCUGCAAGCUCUUAGGAAUUGUGAAGCGGUUGGUAACGCUUUUACUUCAAGUCAAGGCCAUAAUCGCAAAGAGUGUCUCGUUCUGAGUUUUUCUGUGUACUGCUCAUCUGGUUCCAGCGUGGAAGAAAGGAAACAAGUAGAGGGUGUUAUUCGUAACUUUUUCCAGACCGAUGAACGAAUGUUCACCGACGUUGAUGAUCGUGGUUGCCAUCGAGCAGUGAAUUUGUUCCGUUCCCUGCCAGGCGCUUUGUUUCUCUACAUUCUGGUUCCUGCAUUGCCAAAAGGUGCCCUUGUUGAAGUAGCUCCUUUAUCCCACAUAACGCGUUUGAUCGACAGUUCCUCGGAGGAAGACGACGAACAACGGAAUGAAUGCUGGAGAGAAACUUUAGUCGACCUUUCGCUCGUGCAAAGAGAAGCAAAUAGCGAAGGCUCGUCAUGUCAGGGGUCAACAGAUGCCGACGAAUCCGACCUGCAGCAUGGACAGAGAAUAUAUCUUUGUGCACCAUGCAAGGGAUUAAUCUUACCGCACUACUUGUGUAGAGCAGUCAGUUAUAUCCUUCCAGGCCCAUCUGAAGAGACUUCUACAUCCAGGGAAAGUGUCCAAGCACUUGCAUGCUCGGGUGGUGUAGUUUCAGUCGGCACGCACGAUCCAUCUACCAGUGGGCAGGGUUUGAAGGCUGCUGGAAGAUCCGGGAACGGAGCCACAGCACCUUCGCAACGGGGUUGUAGUUUCACGGAUGCAAUGUCCGAGUGUAUGGAGUCCAUGUCUCGCACUCUCGAAGACGCGUCUUUGUGCUGGGCCGAUGUUGUUACGUUCCGGUUGUACUUCGUAGGCAGCGUCAUACGCGCGCACGAUGUACGAGAAGCAAUCGAAGUAGCGAUGGCUCGGUGCUGCAAACAUUCUCCUCCUGCGCCUGUUGGUCCUAGGCCCACUUUAGUUCCUGUCAUAGCUCUCGGAGAAAACUCAGACAUGCAAGCACUGAUGGGAGUAGAGCUGACAGCGUCGGGUUUCCUGGCCAAAAGGUUGUAGUCGGAAAGAAGUUCUUCGGUUUUGCCUGACGAGGAAGUUUCAACUUUUUGUGAGAUGGCCCAUCUGCCCCUCUCGCCACGACUGGAGAACGACGUGAUGAGGCAUCCUGCGCACAGUGAUCAUCCACAUUAGAGGUCCAGGUCGAAAUUAGAAGUUCUCGAAGGCCCGUGCAUUCUCUGUGGAGUCGCUUCUUGCAGAUUCUGUAACGUGAUCAGGAUAUAGGACAGCAUUUAGUUGUAGAGGGGUGAGGACGG